UCAAAUGCUUACAAAAAAUAUAACUAAACUUAAAAAUGGGGUUUCUUAUUGUGCCUGUUUUAAUAGGUGUUUUCUUCCUUACUGAUUUUGGCUUUGCAGAAAAGGCUCCAUAUUCUUUCGUGAGAGAAGGUACAUCGGCGGCGCCGAGAGAGUACUACGACUACAUAAUUGUCGGCGGCGGCACCGCCGGAGUGCCGCUUGCGGCGACACUCUCGGCCGCGGCGAAAGUCUUGAUUGUCGAGAGAGGCGGACAGCCUUACGGAAACCCGUCGGUAACCACCAUAGAAGGUUUCGGACAGGUUGUAACGGACUUGUCGCCGACCUCCCCGGCGCAGAGGUUCAUAACGGCCGACGGAGUUUUCAACAACCGGCCGCGGAUUUUGGGCGGCGGCAGCGCCGUUAACGGCGGAUUUUACACGCGCGCCGAGCCGGAGUUUAUUAGUCGGUUAGGACUUGACCCGCAGCUGGUGGAGGCGUCGUAUAGGUGGGUGGAGGAUAAGAUAGUUUUCCGGCCGCUUGUCCGGCAAUGGCAGUCCGCGUUCCGAGGGGGGCUGGUGGAGGCCGGGGUGGUUCCGGACAGGGGAUUUACGUACGAGCAUUUGAUCGGGACGAAAGUUGGGGGGACAAUUUUUGAUGAGAAUGGGACGAGGCAUAGUGCAGCUGAUUUAUUGGAGUAUGCGAAUUCGAACAACAUUGUUGUUUAUUUGAAUUCGACUGUGCAGAGGAUCAUGUUUCGACCAGGCGUAAAGCCGAGAGCCAUUGGAGUAGUCUUCAAAGACUCUGCUGGUGCCCUACAUGAGGCAAUAUUAAACAAUGGGUCAUCCAAUGAAGUAAUUGUAUCGUCUGGUACAUUAGGCAGCCCACCUCUACUGAUGAUGAGCGGUAUUGGGCCGCUCCGACAGCUUCAGGCCCAGAAAAUACCAAUAGUAUUAAGACAACCAUUCGUGGGCCAAAAUAUGGUCGACAAUCCUUUCAAUGAAGUUACAUUUCCUUCUCGUAGGAAAUUGGAAAUAUCUUUGCUCGAAGUUGUCGGAAUAGCCAAUACUACCAAUUAUCUCGAAUCGAUCAGUUUACCCUUGAACUUGUCCGCGCUUAGGGAGUUGGGCCUAGAAAUCGCCCGAAUCAAUAAUAAGUCACUGACUCUUUUCGAAAUUCCGAGUAACAUCUCGGUACCGGACGGAGUAAACUUUACGACGCCGUUUGAAGCGGGACAAUUGUUGGAGACAUUUCGGAAGCCUUUCUCGAAGGGCUAUAUCGAGCUUGAAAAUCGAGAUCCUGAUAGGACUCAAAGGGUGACAUUCAACUACUUUAAAGACCGUAGGGAUAUCGCAACUUGUGUCGAAGGCCUUAAGAUCAUCGAAAGGGUUACGGAGUCUAAUUCGCUAUCAUCAUUCCGAUACCCUUCAACGACAUUUAUGACUUACCAAGCAUUGACAUUGGCAUAUCCCACCAACUUGAACUUUCGGCGCACUUCGUCGUUGUACAACCGCGAUGAAUUUUGUGUGGAUUCCGUUAGGACGACGUGGAAUUACCAUGGAGGGUGCCAGGUGGGUAGGGUUGUCGACCGGAACUACAGGGUCAUCGGCGUCGAUGAUUUGCGUGUUAUCGAUGCAUCCACGUUUGAUCAGUCUCCGGGAACUAAUCCUCAAGCCACAAUUAUGAUGCUUGGCAGGUAUAUGGGAGAGAAAAUUCUCCAAGAGCGAUAGAACUAAUAUGUAUUGCAAUGGAAAUGCUUGCUAAUGAGCAUAUGAAAUAUAGUUUAAUGAACACGUGCUAUAUAGAUUAUUAGCACGUGGGGCUUGUUCUAUUUUAUGUGUUCUAAAACUUGUGUGUUGAAGUGAGUUAUAUGUUCUGUGUUAAUAAAUCUUGUGUUGAAGUGAGUUAUAAUAUGUGUUAUUGAAA